ACGGCUCACGCUGCAGCAUGAGGUCAUGACCGAGAGCACGGGGAAAUUGGUAUUCUCGCCCGUAGAUCUGUCAUCACGGCCGGGUCUCAAGGUGCUGGAUUCAGCGACCGCCGAUGGUAUGUCUCCCAGAUUUUCUCGGUGUCGAGAGAAGCCGGCCCAAUGACGGCGUUUAGGCAAGUGGUUAGUCGACCUCAGAGAUGCGGUCGAACAGAAACACGAAUACUAUGGUACCGAUAUAACGAAUGCUAUGUUCCCGAAGCCUAGUCCUGAUGGCAUCGCACUGUCCAUCCAAGAUAUUACUGCGCAGUGGCCGGAGGAUUGGAAGGGUACAUUUGAUUAUGUGCAUCAGCGCCUGGGGCUGGCGGGCAUAGGACAACACCCGCUCAAGGACAUAGUCCAUCGGCAAUGCGAGCUCUUGAAGCCCGGCGGCUGGAUCGAAUUCGUCGAGCUGGACAUCGCUCCCAACAGCAACCCUGCUGUCGAAAAACUGUUCUCCUUGGUGCGAGAAUUGAUUGAUAUGAUUGGGAACGGCUGGAACUACGUUUCCACGUUGAAAGGAGCGCUCGAGCAGGCAGGCUUGGAGAGUGUAGAGGACAAGUCCAUUGAUGUCUUCUUGGGCGCAUCGGCAAGCUCGCCGGAACUGAGGGAGAAGAGUAUCAUAUCAAUGCAGUUCACCACGUCUGCGUUCGUUGAUGUUGUUGACAGUAAGUAGAAAUGUUCUCAAGUUGGGGACCCCAGACUGAUCCCAUCAGAGCUUCCACUUUCUCUGAAUAGAAGCCAGGUGGAGGCCCUUAAAGAGGAGAUUGGGAAGAGUUUGCGAGACCAAGGC